AUGGCUACGGAACCGGCUGCCCCCCAGCCGUCUGUACCAUCGCUCGUCGACCGUUACUUCACUCGCUGGUACAAGGCGGAUGUCAAAGGGAAACCCUGUGAGGACCACUGCAUAUUGCAGCACUCUAACAGAAUCUGUGUCAUCACACUGGCAGGAUCCCAUCCAGUUCUUCAAAGUGGAAAAACCAUUCAAAGCAUAUCCUAUCAGAUCAGUACCAACUGUAGCAGACUUCAGAACAAGGUCUCUGGGAAAUUUAAGCGGCCCCGCGGCAUCAUGCAGGUAGUGUCCAGCACUGAUGGGGGUCCUGAGCUGAAAACGUGGGCGCGCUGCAGCACAGCCCAUUCUGGGAGCUUGAACAACGACCACUGA